AUGGCGAAACAAGAAGACGCACCCUUGUUGCCCCAACUUGUACGCAACGACUCGCUUCUCAUCAAUGGCUUGCUUCCCAUCAUAUUAGGGUUCUACAAGGUGACUGAAAUCCGGUCACGGGUUAAUAAUGACGCCUAUCUUCACGGACCAGAGACGCUCUUAGCUACGAGAUCUAUGUCGGUCUUUUCAUCUAGUAUCAAGCUAUUGUCCGAGAGGCCUUACUAUACAAAGUUGAUUGCAGACCAUCUUUCCGGCAUGGGUGUGCCACAACGUGUACGACCAUAUAUUAUCCAAGAGAUAUUCCGGGCAGUGGAUGUGGCCGUCCCCGAUAUCGUUAUUGAUGUGACCAUAGGCGACAGAACGACGCUCAUAUAUGGCGAUUAUGCUAGGACAAUUGAAGAUAGGGUUAUAAGUGAAUCCCUGGAAGGAUAUAAGGCCAAGCUUAUUCCUGCAACUAAAUCAUCAAUUGAUGGUUUGGAGAAAGUGAGAGUUGAUAGUUUUCAAGGGGAAGAAGAAGGUAGCAGACCCAAGAAAAGAAGUAGGCAGUCUUGUGUUAUUUGUCUGGAUCCCCUUGAUGCUGCCACUGCUUCUUGUGCAGAAGAAGAGGGUCGGGACAAGACAAUUAAUCGCCUGCCCUGCUCGCAUCUUUAUCAUGGAGAUUGCAUUGUCAAGUGGCUUAACAUCAACCAUGUGCGUCCUAUGUGCCGAUACCCAAUGCCAACUGUGGAAGAGGCCAAACCGUUGCAAUAA